CUUUCUCGAGUGUCUAGUAACCAGCUCAUGGAAAUGGCAAUCUCUAGGAUUCUUCCUGGUAUUUAUGAAGAGGUGAGACUUAGCUGGGAAAUUGAUCCAGUGUUUCGAGAAAUCUGUAAUAAAUUACAGCAAGGUUCUUUAAAGGAUUCUGCUUACACUUGGUCUGAAGGACAACUAAGACGAAAAGGCAGAUUAGUUGUGGGAAAUAAUGCUACUCUUAGGAGGAAGUUGAUUCAUUUGGUGCAUGAUAGUGCAAUGGGAGGUCACUCUGGAAUUCAAGCUUCCACAAAAAGGUUUGCGCUUUUGUUUUAUUGGAAAGGCUUAGAGAAAGAUGUGAGGCAGUACAUAAGGCAGUGUGAUGUAUGUCAGCGUUACAAACCAGAAAAUACUCCAACUCCAGGGCUAUUGCAACCUCUGCCAAUUCCUGAAGCAAUUUGGACUCAAGUCAAUAUGGAUUUCAUUACAGGCCUUCCAAAAUCUUAUGGCAAAGAUGUUAUCUUUAUUGUUGUUGAUAGACUUACAAAAUAUGCACAUUUCAUUGCCUUACAACAUCCUUACUCAGCUCUUACUGUUGCACAAGCUUACAUGGACAAUGUCUUUAAGUUGCAUGGAUUGCCUCAAGAAAUUGUAUCUGACAGGGAUCCCAUUUUUCUUAGUAAUUUUUGGCAGGAGUUGUUCAAACUCCAGGGGGUUGAACUGCAAUGUUCUUCUGCUUAUCAUCCUCAAACUGAUGGGCAAACAGAGGUGGUGAAUAGGUGUCUUGAAAAUUAUUUGAGGUGCAUGACUGGUGAUCGUCCGACGGAGUGGAGCAAGUGGUUACCUCUUGCUGAGUGGUGGUAUAACACUAAUUUUCAUACUGCUACCCAAAUUUCUCCAUUUGAGGCUUUGUAUGGAUUUCCACCACCAUUGCAUAUAGUUUAUGUACCUGGAGAUUCAGAUGUUGCAGCUGUUGAUCAAAGUUUGCAAGCUCGGGAAGCUAUGUUGAAGGUACUGAAAUUUCACCUCACUCGAGCACAGCAUAGAAUGGUACAGCAAGCUGACAAGCAUAGACAAGAACGACAAUUUGCUAUUGGAGAUUGGGUGUAUCUCAAACUUCAACCAUAUAGACAAGAAUCUGUGCAAUCUAGGCCAUCUCACAAACUUGCUGCUAAAUAUUUUGGCCCAUUUCAGGUGAUUGAUAAAGUGGGUAAGGUAGCAUAUAAAUUAGCCUUGCUUGAUUCAUCUCAGAUACAUCCAGUAAUUCAUGUGUCACAGCUAAAGAAAAAGGUUGGAGCAGAAAUUCGAGUGACUAGUCAAUUUCCUGUGGAUUUGCCUUUACCAGUGAUGCUAGAGCCUGUAGCUGUUUUGGGAAGAAAAAUGGUGAAGCAAGGAAAUCGAGCUGCUACUAAGGUGUUAGUCCAGUGGUCUCAUGCUUACCCUGAAGAUGCUACUUGGGAGUAUCUCUACGAUAUUCAACAAUGAUUUCCAAAUUUUCAUCCUUGAGGACAAGGAUGUUUUUGAGGGAAAGGAAUUGAUAUGUAGAAAAAUUUAGAAGUCACGUGCAGGUGGCAUAUGCAGGUGGCAUAUUAGUUACUGUUGGUUUGUGUCAGUUAAUAUGCUAGUAUAAACGUGUUUUGUAACUCUUUUGUUGGGUGUUCAGUUAUUUGGUGUUUCUUCAAUCUUCUUAAACUCCUUUGUAAUUCUCUUGUAUUCCAGACUCUAUUGCAAAGGAUAUAUAUCGAAGAUCCUUUCUCUUUUGUGGAUUUUCCUUGUAUUCCUUUAAAUUCUGUUUACUGGUAUCACACCGCUCACGAUUUGCUUUUGCA